GUAUAUUUUAUUUUAGCAGCAAUGCGGCAUACUAUUAAAAAAAAAAAAAUAGACAAUGGGCUCGUCUUAUUUUGAAAGGUUUGACGGAAGUCACCCUUUCUCAUACUUGUUACCUUGACAACGUUAAUGGUUUAGAGCUAGCUUUGAGCUAACGUUAGCUACUCUAAUGUAAACUUUCCUUCUGACUCAGAUGAAACUCAGCCUCUCUAACCAAGAAGUUUCUGAGUGGGCACCGUGAGCAUGGCGGACCGGGAGGAGCGCCGCUUCGCCGAGGUUUCCCGGGACUCUGUCAAACUCAUGGCCGAGAGUACAGGCGUGGAGCUCGGCGACGAUGUGGCGGCUCUGCUGGCGGAGGACGUGUGUUACCGGCUCAGGGAGGCAACGCAGAGCAGCUCUCAGUUUAUGAGACACGCCAAGAGGAGGAAGCUAACAGUGGAGGACUUCAACAGAGCUCUGCGUUGGAGCAACGUGGAGGCCGUAUGUGGCUACGGGGCCCAGGAUGCUCUUCCUUUCCGCUCAGCGAAAGAAGGAGAGCUGUUCUUCAUUGAGGAUCGGGACAUCAACCUGGUGGAGUUGGCUCUGGCCACCAACAUUCCCAAAGGCUGUGCUGAGACCAUGGUGCGAGUAAAUGUGUCUUACCUGGAUGGGAAAGGCAACCUGGAGCCUCAGGGGACAGUUCCCACAGCGGUACAGACUCUGUCAGAAGACCUGUUGAAGUACUACCAGCAGAUCACUCGGGCCAUCCUUGGGGAGGACCCCCACCUCAUGAAGGUGGCUCUGCUGGACCUCCAGUCCAACUCCAAGAUCGCUGCCCUCCUGCCGUACUUUGUUUACGUUAUCAGUGGGGUGAAGUCAGUAAGCCACGAUCUGGAGCAGCUCAACCGGCUCCUCCACAUGGUGAAGAGUCUGGUUCAGAACCCCUACCUGUACCUGGGCUCAUACGUGCGCAGCCUGGUCUCCAGCGUCAUGUACUGCAUCCUGGAGCCGCUGGCCGCCUCCAUCAACCCGCUCAACGACCACUGGACCCUCAGGGACUACGCAGCCCUGCUCCUCAGCCACAUCUUCUGGACUCAUGGUGAUUUGGUGAGUGGUCUCUACCAUCAGAUCCUGCUGUCGCUCCAGAAGGUUCUGUCCGACCCAGUGAGACCACUCUGCUCCCACUAUGGAGCCGUGGUGGGGCUUCAUGCUCUGGGAUGGAAGGCUGUAGAGAGAGUGCUCUUUCCACACCUCCCUGCCUACUGGGCCAACCUCCAGGCUGUGCUGGAUGACUACUCUGUUUCCAAUGCCCAGGUCAAAGCAGAUGGACAUAAGGUCUACGGAGCCAUCCUGGUGGCGGUGGAGCGUCUGCUGAAGAUGAAGGCUCUGUCUCUGUCUCAGCCAACAGAUGGAGGCUCUGGUGGUCCGCCGGGCUCCGUGGUGGGUGCUACGGGUCACAGGGUGAGCUCCCCCGGCCUCAGUCCCCCUGCGGAGCCUCUCUCAGAGGCCGCCCUGGGCAUCGCCAGCCACCUCCAGGCAGGCGGUGCCGGCUGUCCCUGGGAGGAGUGGACUCCGGUCCCUCUCCCUGCCAUGUACUGUGAGCUCUACUCCUUCUUUGGAGACAGCCUGGCUGUCAGGUUCAGUACAGGACCCGGGUUCGGCAGCUACCCUCCCUGCACCCCGUCUCAGCUCGCCGACGCCAGGAAGGAACCCCCCGGCCCCGCCUCCAACCCCGACACCACCCGAAAGAUGCCUCAGCUGACUGCCAACCUCAACAUCAGCCCGCGGCAGGAUGGGAGUCCUCGCACCGACCCGCCGCCACCCAGCCUGGCAGCUACCGGAUCAGGAAGGUCCCUGGCUCGCUCCUCUUCCUCGUCGUCCUCCUCCUCCGUGCAGCGCUCCAGAUCUUCCGCGUCACGUCCGGGCCAGCGUUCAGCAGGUCUGUCUCGUGACGUUUUCCCCAAAGCUCGCUUCACCUCUCCUCAGACGGGACUGCCCGUAUUCACCUUCCUCAUCGGCGGACGGCAAAUGGGUCGCCGUUGCCAAGGGCGCCGGCCCUUCCAGACCAUCUUUGCCCCGACUCCACCUCUUCCUGCCAUCCCACCACGUGCCUACGCCCACAAACUGCCCGUCAUCGGCAGGGUGGGCAAACCUGUACGCCGCUGGGCGUGUUCCCAUUACUCCCUUCAUCUGCCUCUCUAGAGAAGACGCUCUCACAAAAUGAGCUUCAGACUGCUAUAAAACACGGCUUUGACUGCUACAGACUUCAACAGGCCCAUAUUCAUAUUGUUCAGCUUAAAGGUCCCAUUUUGUAAAAACUGAGAUUUUCAUGUUUUUUAUAUUGGCAUCUUUACUGUGUAUGUUUGAUACAUAAUUUGAAAGAUUCAUUGACUAGGAAAACUGUUGUUGAUUGUUUUUGUUUGUGUUGGUAAUUAAUUAGUCAACUGAGCACUAUACUCAUUAGAGUCAGAUGAGUUUAAAGGCUUCUCAUCAACCGCCACAGCAGGAGCUCAGACCUGAGUCACAGGAGAGAGACUAGAGUAUGGAGAGACAGACAGACAGUGGUUAUUUCUCUCUGAUCACUGAGACUGAAUACCUGCUGAGGACAGUGUUGGAGCGGUAGGUCUACCAUGUGUUUGGAAGUUUGACAUAUUGUACAUAGCUGUUGUUUUCACUGAAUAAAACAUUCCCUGAUGUAGUUUGGAAACCUUUAUCUUA